CCUCUCUGGGCAAGGCUGUGGCGAAAACCUGGCCUGGACUUUGUCCCGCAGAGGCCCUGGUGGGACCACCGUGCCAGGGGCUGCCAGGACAGAGGGAGCUGGAGUUCUGUGUGUGUGUGUGUGUGUGUGAGAGAGAGGGAGAGAGGGGGAGAGAAAGAGAAUGACUCUCUGUGCAGUGCACGCGCGUGUGUGGGGCGCACUGAACACGUUGUCUUAGCUGGACGCCUGGCUUUCAGCCCAGACUUCUUCCCUCUCCCUCCCGCCUCCGCCCCAUCGGUCACCGAGUCUGGUCUGUUCCCUUCUUAUCACUCUCUCUAGUCCAUCCCCGUUUCUCCGCCCCCUGCAGCCACCCUGGUCCUUCACCCUCAUCUCCCUCCAGGACCAGAUGCCAGCCUUCUGGCCAGAUGCCCUCUCGGCUCUCCCGCAUCCUCUCUGGCCAAGGCCUUCUGGAGCUCAGGGCAUCAGCAGCUCAGAGGCUGGCCAUUCCCUGGCCGCCAGGGACUGCCGUGUUCUGCACGGUUCCUGGGGGGCCCCCUUCUCCCUCUUCUUGCCCUGCGCAGUGCAGCGGGCCCCCUGAUGAGUCUUCGGGGCUUAGAAAGGAGUCCCCUCUCCCUGGAAGCCUCCCGCCCUCCGCCUCCCCUCCCAGCCCAAGUUGCAGUUUCCUCCUCAGUGUGGACUUUCUGACGAUACCUUUCUCAUCGCCUCAUCCUUCUCUCUCCCAAAAGGCAAAUGUGUGUCUGCUUUAUCUUUGCACCUUCGUGCUAAACCCUGCUUUUUAGGUCGAAAGUGCUCAAGCCAUGUGUUUGAAAGGAACUGAACGGAGGGCUUGUGCUUUAUGAAUGUGACUUUUAUGUCGCAUGACUUCUUGGAAGUGAGCCCGUGGCCGCGAGGGUGACCCCGAAGCAGGAGGACGUGCGUGUGGGGGACCGAGGUGGUGUGUGUGACGGCAGCUGAGAGCGGCUCGGAGAGAGUCUGCCUGUGCAGGAGGGACCGGACACCCCUGGCCCCGGCUUCUUCUGCCCCCGUGUCCCUGAAAACCCUCCUGCCCUUCUUAAUCGGCCGCAGAGUGCACUUGGUGACAGAUUUCCUGUGCCUGAGUGUGGCAACAGGCUGCUCCCGUGUUCUCCAGUUGCUCUAUCAGUCAGCCACUCCUCCACGAGACUUUAUUAUCGGAUUCAAGAGUCCCUGGGGGAGGGGAGGCCUCACAUGGGCAGGUGUGGGCCAGGCCUGGGGGAGGCUAGAGGCCCAGUCUAGCUCGCAGGCGCCUCCCUGGGCAGAGGUGUGGCUUGGAGGAGGAGGGAAAUGGCCAAGGGUCAUGGUCCCAGCUCAGCCUCCAGGGGCUCCCUGAGGUCAGUAGUUACUUCUUUUGAGAGCCUGGGCUGUGCCCGGGCCCUGCGGGGUCGCCUGUUGUCUUGGAGUCCCAAGGUCGCCUUGGAGUUGAAGGCCUGAGGCAGCCAGGCGGAGGCUGGAGCCACCUGCAGGUAGCCAGGCUGGUGCUGGGCCUCCGUUGCCUUCUCUGCUCCCGGCUCUGGCUCAUGUUGCUGGUACCCUUCCUCGAGGCCUGGGAAGUGAACAGAGGGACCAACUGCGUGACCACCUACCUGGCAGACUGUGAGGCUCAGCUGUGCCAGGCGCCCGGGCAGGGCCUGCUCUACGGUGUCCCUGUCAGCCUCAAGGAGUGCUUCAGCUGCAAGGGCCAUGACUCCACGCUGGGCUUGAGCCGGAACCAGGGGACACCAGCAGAAUGUGACUGCGUGGUGGUGCAGGUGCUGAAACUGCAGGGUGCUGUGCCUUUCGUGCACACCAACGUCCCCCAGUCCAUGUUCAGCUAUGACUGCAGUAACCCCCUCUUUGGCCAGACCACGAACCCAUGGAUGUCGUCCAAGAGCCCGGGCGGCUCCUCGGGAGGUGAGGGGGCCCUCAUUGCUGCUGGAGGCUCCCCACUGGGCUUAGGCACCGACAUCGGGGGCAGCAUCCGCUUUCCCUCCGCCUUCUGUGGCAUCUGCGGCAUCAAACCCACGGGGAACCGCAUCAGCAAGAGUGGUCUGAAGGGCUCCGUCUAUGGACAGGUAGCAGUGCAGCUCUCAGUGGGCCCCAUGGCGCGGGACGUGGAGAGCCUGGCCCUGUGCCUGCGUGCGCUGCUGUGCGAAGACAUGUUCCGCCUGGACCCCACGGUGCCUCCCCUGCCCUUCAACGAGGAGGUCUACACAAGCUCUCGGCCCCUGCGUGUCGGGUAUUAUGAGACCGACAACUACACCAUGCCCACGCCGGCCAUGAGGCGGGCCCUGCUGGAGACCAAGCGGAGCCUUGAGGCUGCGGGCCACACGCUGAUUCCCUUCCUGCCGGCCAACAUACCCCACGCUCUGGAGGCCCUGUCAACGGGCGGGCUCUUCAGUGAUGGUGGGAAGAGGUUGCUACAGAACUUCGAAGGCGAUUACGUGGACUCCUGCUUAGGGGACCUGAUCUCAAUUCUGAGGCUGCCCAAAUGGCUUAAAGGACUGCUGGCUUUCAUGCUGAGGCCUCUGCUCCCAAGGUUGGCAGGCUUUCUCAGCAGCCUGAGGCCUCGGUCGGCUGGAAAGCUCUGGGAACUGCAGCACGAGAUUGAGAUGUACCGUCACUCCGUGAUUGCCCAGUGGCGAGCGCUGGACCUGGAUGUGGUGCUAACCCCCAUGCUGAGCCCUGCCCUAGACUUGAAUGCCCCAGGCAAGGCCACAGGGGCCGUCAGCUACACGCUGCUCUACAACUGCCUGGACUUCCCCGCGGGGGUGGUGCCAGUCACCACGGUGACUGCCGAGGACGAGGCCCAGAUGGAGCAUUACAAGGGCUACUUUGGGGACAUCUGGGACAAGGUGGUGCAGAAGGCCAUGAAGCGGAGCGUGGGGCUGCCUGUGGCCGUGCAGUGUGUGGCUCUGCCCUGGCAGGAGGAGCUGUGUCUGCGGUUCAUGCGGGAGGUGGAGCGACUGAUGGCUCCUGGGCGGCAGCCCUCCUGACCGCUGCCCGCCCGGCCCCCCAGGACCUGAGACCCACUGGAUCCGCGCCCAGCGGAGUCAGGACACAACUGCCACCGUGCAAGAAAAUGUUCAACCUCAGGCAGAGGCUUCCCGGUCUCUCCCCCUCGCCCCUGCCAGAAGCCCAGAACCACUGAGUCUGGACCUUGCUCUUCCCGUGGUCCCUGCUCUGCCCUGAUCCCGCCAAUGUGGCAGCUAGUGGGUAUGACAUGGCAAAGGCCCCCCAACCGUCAAAAACCGGUUCCUGGUCUCCAUACUUUCUGGCAGUCGUUGUUAGGGCAGUGGGGGUUGGAGACCUGGCCUUCUGGAACCCGACUCCAGCCAUGUCCGUCUCGUGCUGCAGAAGCUUCUCUGGUCCUCGUCACUCACGGGCAGACACCGGCUUCUCCGAGUGGGCCUUGCAGCCCAGGACUUCACCCCGCCGCCCCCAGCCUAAGCCCUACUUUGCGAGGCAUUGUCUUCUCUCCUGCCCUCUGCUGAGGGUGCCCUUUCUGCUCCUCUACCAUUAAAUCCUCUGAGGCCCAGCUCAAA